AUGACUGCUGCCGUCAGAGUCAUGCUGCCCAUCCUGCUCCUGUGUGUGCUGCUAUUGCUGCAGACCCAAGGAGGGCUCCAUUUCCGCCAUGGGAGGAUCCUGCCCAAACCACAGGGAUUCGGAGAAAUCAAGGCCUGUGAGAGGCGGCCAAGCAAACAUUUGUGUAAACGCCACUGUGAGUUUCACCAACAAUGUCAAGCAAAUAAUGUCUGUUGUUCAACCUUCUGUGGGAACGUCUGCAUGAACUUACUGUGA